AUGUACCUUGGUAUGCUCCACACCCAGCUUCGUCCUGGUUCCGUACCUGUCGAGGCUGUAAGGGCACGGAUUAAAGAUCCUGCUGAUAUCCUCCCACUUGAAACCCUGACCGGUAUAUGGAAGAUGGUCGUUGCUGAUGAAGCCGAGAGUUGCCAAAGACAGCUUACCUUUCCAUUCACUGCAUCUUGGGUCUCGCAUCACUGGAGGAACGUGGCCUUGACGACGCCUACCAUAUGGAGCAGCGUAUACAUCGACCGGUACUCCAAGCUGGAACCUACUAAGGCUCAGCUUACGCGGUCCGGAAAGUGCCUGCUGGACUUGGUCAUCUAUUUCGUGUCAACGCCAGAUGAGGGCGUCGAGACCGUCAUUGCUUGUGAGCCUGCAAUGCGAGACUUCAUGGACACCGUUUCAGCCCAUGCCGACCGUUGGCGUUCACUCCAGCUUACAAUCUACGGCGCCCGAGCGCAUCAUGGUAUACUCCCAAUAGAGAGCGCAUUGACGCGGCUCCGGACGUUGGCCGCUCCUGAGCUCACAGAUUUCUCUUUUACCCCUUGCUUCGAGUAUCCGCGGAGCGCACCACUUUUAACCGGCGGGACGCCACGCCUCUCGCGCCUACGAUUGGACGGAGUGGAUCUGAAAGGGUUGAACAAUCUUUUCCCCCACUUAACCUCCCUCAACAUCGUGGACGUGCCUGCCGCUCGAAGGCCAUCCCUAGAGGAGUUCGUUGCUCUACUUGAAGCAUGCUCCAAGCUUGAAUGUCUCACCAUAGAUGGGCCAUGCUUCCGACUGGUGCGCGAAGCACGGGAUCCAUGCCUCAGUGCUACAUUGCCAUCACUCCUCUCAUUGUCUUUAUCAUUUUCCGACGAAUUUUGGGACAGGGCGGCAGAGGAAGGCAGCGUAGUGGCCACGCUGUUCGGCACCAUAUCAGCUCCUCUACUUCAAACCCUUGUCUUCGGAAAGCUCAGUCACUUGGGUGCGGAAGCAGUUGUUCGUGCUAUCACAGUCACCAGUUGUGGCGGUUCUCCCAAGUUUCCUGAGCUGAGCAGGCUAUGUCUUUAUGACGUCUGCUUGGUCGAUCCUUAUCAAGAACGGGAUCUCAGUCUACCAUUCCUCUUAUGCUUCCCCUUCGCCAGUACUCUCGAGCUGUCUGGAGGAGAUAGCCGAGCGAUUCUUGGAUGUCUAGCAUCGGAGGAGUGGGCUAGCUGUCAUGAGCCCAUAAGACCAGGCUUCCGUCUCAAGACGCUAGUCUGCCCUGAUAUCUCAUGUUCAUGCGAUGAAGGGGUUCUUAGCCGGUUCAUCUUGGGCCGACAAGCCAUCGGUCAUUCUAUUGCCAAAUUGUGGCUUUGUGGACAGGUGGAAGUGGUCUUCGACUUCUUUACCUAA